AAAACAACAACCCCCACAAAAAACCCACAUCCUAAAACAAAACGAAACAACAUAUUACGACCAGCCUGAUCCGUAGCCGAUUUUAUUCCAAACUUUUAAUCUUCGUCCGUGGUUUUCUGAACCGAGAAGUUCCGAAUAAAAAAUAACAACCCAACAACAAAUGUUACGGAAUUGAACGAACUGAUCCGAAUACAAACGUCUAGCGACACGACGGAAUUGGUAUCUUUGCGUACAUGUUACAGGUUCUAAAAUAUGUCGACGGUAUUCCUGCAUGUUGGUCAAUGCGGAAAUCAAGUCGGACGCAGCUUUUGGAAAAUUGCUAAUCAGGAUAAAAAAGCUGAAAACAGUGCAACGUUUGUAGAUGCAGAGAAGAUGCAGCGUUCUGUACAUGUUGACAGUGAACCAAAAGUCGUCCACAGUUUGAUCGCAAACCAAAGAAGCCGAGUCAGGAAGAAAAAUGUUUUAGCUGGAAAACGAGGAAGAGGCUCGAAUUGGGCGAUGGGUUAUUAUGGUUUGCAGAGCAAGGGAGAUGACACACUUGUAGAAAACACCAUCGACGCAGUUAGACAUGUUGUAGAGAGGUGUGACAGUUUUACUGGGACGGUAGUGAUGCACAGUUUAGCUGGAGGAACCGGCUCAGGAUUAGGGUCCCGUCUGUGUGAAUGUCUGCGAGAUGAAUACCCGAUGAACUACCUCCUGUCCUGUGCUAUAGCACCGUUUGCGAGCGGAGAGAGCCCACUACAACACUACAAUUCUCUACUGACUCUAUCUCACUUACAGAGAUACUGUGAUGGUGUAAUCGUUUCGUACAAUGACGAGGUGUUGAAGCGACUGGAGAAGGGAACCGAUCGCAGUGUUUCGUUUGAGGCAGUCAACAGACACAUAGCAGGCAGUCUGUGUGGAGUUUUUCUACCGACAGACACACUCCUCUCCAAAUGUGGUUACAGUUCAGGCCAGGAACCGUUUGAACUCCUACGUGCGGUCUGUCCAAUGCCUGCUCACAAAUUCAUACACCUUCUUCACCACAGCAAGAAGAAGACGUCGUGGGAGGAAUUACUAAAAGAAACACUAUACAGACUGAGGCGAUAUGAUGAGCAUGGGAAACUGUUCAGCAGUCUUGCCAAUGUCAUGGUUGCCAGAGGACAAGACAGCAGUUCUAUCAACAGAAUACAACCGAAGCUGAAAAGUAAAAUUCAGACAGCGUACAACUGUGUGAGGUGGAAUCCAUUCCCAGUGGACGUAUGGACAGCCACAAGUAACAUGACCAGUACCAGAGAUUCGUCAUCCGUUACCAUAGCAGCCAACUAUGGGUGUUGUGUGGAACAUCUGGACACUGUUAUAAAGAAGUCGAAGAUUAUGUAUGACGCGGGGGCGUAUCUACACUGGUAUUGGAGAUACGGCCUUACUCAGGAAAUGUUUGAUGAAUCAUUUGAAACUCUACAGUCAACCAUCGAUGAGUACCAGACGGCCUUGUCUCCUUGAUAUUAAUUUAUCUGUCUUAUUAAUUAUAAUGACUUUUUGACAUGUGCAAUAACUAUAAACUUUAUUAUAUACAUUAUUUUAAUUCAACAUAUUUGUAAGAACCAAUCUGAUUGGAUCUCUAAUAAAAUUUCAGGUGGUAAAACCAUCGUUAUACCGCUAGCAAAUUUUCAGGUGUUACCAACGUCACAUGUAUUCAUAUACAUGUAUUCAUAUACACAGGUUUGUUUAUGAACAACAAUGUCGGACGUCGGUUAAAAAUAUUGUGGUAAUUUUCAUGUUGACUGGGAAAGUUAGAGUGAUGAAUCAGAUAUUGAUAUGCUUGCUGCUUUGGACCAGUUUGAAAGCAACGAAGACAAUUUUGUUAGGAGUUAUAACGUAGACUCCUCAGAAAGCCUAAAAAGAAAAUAUUCCUGAAUUAUUCACGGCAUUAAUGUUGAUGAAAUGUCAGCACUGAUUACCCCAAACUCUGCGAAAACAAACUCGCAACCUGCACAAUAUGCUUCAGGGAACGAAAAUGUUAUUUUAAAAAUGAUUCAGAUGUACAAAACAUAAAUCACUUGCCAAAAACAAUUUGAAAUUCAUGUGUACAAUUAUGGCACAAAUUUCCAACAGCAGUAAAUCUUAACACGCUCACCGUAGUUUAAAAACCAAUGCUUUGUUAAUGUCAUGGUCGAUUAUUAAUUCAAACAAUUGCUCUAUUUUAUUAUUGUUAUCAGUUAAUAGUUGUUCGAGAAUACAAUUCAUUGUACACCACAGUGAGAAGAAAUUUGAAAUACAUUAUUAUAAAAUUACAAAACGGUUGAGUGUAAAAAUCAUUUGUUGGUAUGUAAAUCAGUCUACAUCCCUGAGAAAGAAAGAAAGAAAUGUUUUAUUUAACGACACACUCAAUACAUUUUAUUUAUGGUUAUAUGGCGUCAGACCACACAGAUUUUGAGAGGAAACCCGCUGUCGCCACUACAUGG